GGGAAAUUGCAUGGUCGCCACGGGGAAAUGGGAGCAGCACAUUGACAUGGAGGAAACAUGCAAAUGCAGAAGCACACGUGGGCCACAGCUUUUCUCUAUUCCUUAAAAACUCCGAACCCAACUCCACUUCCCGUGCAAAUAGCGCGCCUACUGUAACUACCCUCAAGCGAAGGGAUUAUCCACCCGCGAUCCGUAGAGCGCCACCCAGAAAAAAUUUCCGUCAUAAUUACUUGGAAGUUUCUGUCAGAUGCAAUGUACCCUUAGGGGUCAAGAAAAGAAGACACUUAUGAUACAAUAUUUUUAGAGCAGCAAACUAGCUGAGACCAGUGUUUUUGCACUAGAAGAGUCUUCCUAGCCCAUCAAGAGCACCACAGUCACUAAGGUUCAGCUGGCCUUUCAAACAUGAAGAGACCUCAGAAUACCAAAGCAGCCGCCCAAAGGCUUGCUCGGGUAAUGGCUCAUCAAUCAACUGAUGAUGAUGAGGAGGAAGAUGAUUUAUAUGAUUUUGACAAAAGCAUUCCCUCAGCUGGCAUAGGACUUGCUGGUGGACGGCAAACUAAAAAUCGUCCCUCAGUGUCAGUUCGUAGCUCAGUAGAUCUACCACCAUCUGCCCGUCCAACACUAGGAAUCAGACCAUCUGCAGCCGGUAACUCAGUGGAACAGCAGCCUUCAUCAGCUCGUUCGUCAUCUCUUCUUCGGCCAUCUCCGCUCAAGCCCGCAGAACCACCUCCAUCUCAUCAUUCUUCCACAGCUAGUCGUUCAUCUCAACUGAUAGACUCCACUGAAGAAGCACAACCACCGUCUGCUCGCUCUAAUGCUGGAAGAACUUUGGCUUAUACAAGUUCUGUGGAGCAACCUUUGUCUGCUCGUUCUUCCUCAGUUGGCCGGCCAAAUCUAAGGGACAAGACUGCUCCACUGGCACCAAGUUUACCUCCAAUAAAGCCAGGAGCAUCUGUAGCUGCAGCUGAGUCUCAACAUGACAAAAGCAAGGAUAAUAAAAGGACGUCGCUAGAUUUUGGAACUUUCAAAUAUAAAGAGCCCAGCGGGCCACAGGCUUCUUCUGCUCUACAAGAUGAGCUUGACAUGCUUCAAGAAGAAAAUGAAAAUUUAUUGGAAAAGCUUCGGAUGGCGGAGGAACGGUGUGAAGAAGCAGAAUCAAGAACUAGGCAGCUUGAGCAACAGAUUGCAUCUUUUGGAGAAGGUGUAUCUUUAGAAGCUCGGCUUUUAAGCAGGAAGGAAGCAGACCUUCAGAGAAGAGAGGCUGCUCUUAAAGCAGCAGCAGAAACCUAUGGUGGAUGUAAUGAGGAAAUUGCAGCUCUCCGAACGGAAGCUGAGAUUGCAAGGGAUGAAGCUAGUGCAGCUUUGGAUCAGCUCCAUGAUAUUGAGCGUGAAUCUCAAUCACUUAAGACAAUGACACAGAGAAUGAUAUUGACUCGACCAGAGAUGGAAGAGGUCGUUCUCAAGAGAUCUUGGCUUGCUCGAUGCUGGAGUUUAUGUGUUCGUCAUGGUAUCCAUGCUGAGAUAGCUGGAGCAAGAUACGAAUAUUGGUCAUCUCUUGCUUCCCACCCUGUUGCAGUUAUAUUGGCUGCAGGACAGAAAGCAAAGCGUGAAAAUUCAUCAGUUGAAAGUGAUUCGGAAGAAAGGGAGAAAAUUGUCGAGGACAAGGAUAAAAUUUCCAAAAGGGCCAAUGUUGAAAGCAUGCUUUUGGUCGAAAAAGGUCUUAGAGAACUGACCUCGCUUAAGGUAGAGGAGGCAAUAGCCAUAACACUCGCACAAAAGCGUCGCCCCACUAUUGUAAGAUCUGAGGAGUUGAAGCUGCCGACGGAUGGCCAGAGUUUUGCAGAAGCAUUUGAACUGAGUGAAGAGGAGUCUGAAGAUGUGCUUCUUAAGCAGGCUUGGCUGACGUAUUUCUGGAGAAGAGCGAAAAAUCAAGGCGUGGAGGUCGACGUUGCGGAGGAAAGACUGCAGUUCUGGAUCAACCAAGGGAACAAGCCACCGACUUCACAUGAUGCAGUGGAUGUGGAGCGUGGUAUGCUGGAGCUCCGGAGGUUGGCGAUCGAGACCAAGCUGUGGGAAGAAACUCGUAGGGAUAUCGAUCCGGAUGCCGUAGAGAAGACACUUUUAGAAACCGAAUUACAAAUGUUGGGCUGAGCGUUUCCGUUUGCCCUUUCCUCGCCACCCUGGAUCGCCCUGUAGCCAUGCUGCUGACGGUAUUCGAUCUCUCAAAAUAUCUGGAGCUUGUUCUUCCUGAGAUUUCACUUUAUUACCUAGUGCUUUUGAUGAAUCCUAUGAUUGGUUUCUCAUUUUUAUCAGUCUUCAGUUUGGAAUUCAUUGCAGAGAUUAUGUAAUGAAAUAUUUCCCUCUGAUGAGGAAAUUUUUUACAACAAUUUUUAGUGCUAAAAAUAGUUUUUGACAAAUUCUCAGUUUGGGUUUGAUUGUGAAGUGGUAAAAAAUUAGCUGCUCUGACAAUGA